UGUAUCUGUCGUCUGCCUUGUUGAAUGUGAAAUCGCGCUCCGCCACCCGUCACAACCACCCGCGGUGACAUUCCACGGCUCUGGGGGUCUUCGUGUUGUUGUGGGGUAGUCGCCACCACGUCUCCUCCCUCCCUACCGCCCUCCUCUUGCUGCCUCGGGGCUUCCCCUUCGCCUCGUCCUUGUCGGGUGGAGGUGGAGGAGGUGGAGGGAGCAGACAAACAACGAUGGCCGGAUCGCUCUCGUUCAAGGAGACGCGGAGCCUCGAGGAGCGCAUCGCAGACUCCACCCAGAUCCGCGCUCUGCACACCAACAAGAUACCCGUCAUCAUCGAGCGUUGCAAGGGUGAGAAGCAUCUGCCCAAGCUGGACAAGACCAAGUUCCUGGUGCCAGAUCACGUCAACAUGAGCGAGCUGGUUAAGAUCCUCCGGCGCCGUCUUGAGCUGGACCCGGGCCAGGCGUUCUUCCUGCUGGUGAACCAGCGCAGCAUCGCGAGCGCCAGCGUGCCCCUGUCGCAGCUGUACGAGCAGCAGCGCGACGCCGACGGGUUUCUCUACAUUGCCUACGCAUCGCAGGAGACCUUUGGCUGACUCCGAGAGGCCCCCUCCCCCCCAGGGCCCCCCCCCCCCGUUAUCUUUUUAUGAAUUUAACUUUUCAAUAUCCAUACCAUGUACAGCCCUCCACACCCCCUUUUUUUGGGGGGGGGGGGAGGUGGGAAACCACUGCUGGUUGAUGAAGAUUUGUAGCGUCAUCAAACCAAUAAUGUGUGUACUCUGGUUCUGACGCAGGAGCAGUUCUCCUGCUGUGUUUGUCUCACCUGAUGACGGUUGCUUGUGUUGCGAUCGAAACGUCGUGAUCUAUUAAUUUUCUAUCUACGUGACUUACCGAAAGAACCAAAGAGUGUGGAUUCCUGCAGUCACGAAAAGCUUCAAAUCAAGAUUCAAUAAUUUGUGGUUUUGCUGCAUUGCCCACUACCGGCAGUGCAGUCCCACACACAGCCUGCAACGUUCUGGCACCAUCCUGGCUCCACUCUGCAUUACUUCCGAGAUCGGGCACACUCUGGGCAAUUGUAUCAAGAGGCUGAAAAAUCCAUAACGCAAUUGAAACUCACAGGCACCGUUUUGUGUUUGCAGUGCACCAUGUUGCGCAGUAGGGCCAAAUAGUUAUUCGCUCUAAGUGGUUGUGUUUAAAUCCAUAUACCAAUAGGUAAUAGCUGUAAGUGGAGAUGUGUAUACACGACUGUUUCUUACCCAUGGGAGAGUGGUAUGAAACGUACACAACUGGGCUGUCAAGGGUUUCAGAUUGGAAGAUGAAACGUACACUCUUAUAAACUCGAGGGACAUUUAUGUUUUAAAUGAGAAACCUAAAAAAGUGAUGAUGCCAAGAAUGAUUAAUUAGUAAUCGGUUCACAAAGCUUUUUGGAAAGUGCUGUCCGAUUAAGCAAUGUGGUCGUUGUCUGCGUCCACAGAGAAUUGCCGCUACACUAAGCUUGGGAUUACGCAACGCGGUAGUGAUCUUAUCCGCUCGGUAAUGUUUUGUUGCCAUGUAAAUAUAAAGUAAAAACAAUCAACAAACCUUU